AGUCGGCGACGGAUGCGCGCUGUCGCGGAGCCGAACAACCACAAAGACUUGCCUGAAAAUUUGAGAAACCGGAAAACAAAAAACAGGGAAAAAGAGUUUUCCAAGAAAACGAGGAGGGAAAACAGUUCGCGCCACAGAAAGCGUUCUUCCAGCUUUACUUCUUCUUCUUCCCACUUCGGUGAUGGUCUCCUCUGGUCAUGGCGAUGUCCUUUAGGAACACCAAGCAUGGCUUUCUGUUCCGGCUGAAAGCCCUACUCCACUUUCCGGUUCAGAGGUUCAAUCACGUAGCAGCUGAAAGCAGAUCGCGCACUCCGGUUAUCACCGAGAUGGGUUCCGAGUCUCCUCAACGUAUCGGUGAGGUCGAUGUAUCAAAGUGGAAAAAGUUUGAUUCGAGGCGCUUUGGGAUUACCAGGUCAAUGAUUCCUGAGUACGCUUCGACUGUCUUGGCAAUUCUUCGGCAUGAAGGUUUUGAUGCCUACUUAGUUGGUGGAUGCGUAAGAGAUUUGCUUCUGAAGAGAACUCCGAAAGAUUUUGAUGUGAUCACGACUGCCAACCUUCAGAAGGUAAAAAGCCAAUUCCGUCGUGCUCAAAUUGUUGGAAGAAGAUUUCCUAUAUGUCUGGUCUGGAUUAAAGGUUCUGUUGUGGAGGUAUCCAGUUUCAAAACAGCAGAGGAAAUUGCUGAAGAAGCAAAGGAGAUUGCUUUGCCUCCUAACCCAAGUGGUAGUAGUGAAAAAGACUUUAUUCGCUGGAGGGAUUCAAUGAGACGGGACUUCACCGUUAACAGCUUAUUCUUGGAUCCGUUCAUGCAUAAAAUUUAUGACUAUUCCGAUGGGCUGCGAGACUUAAAAUCUUUGACGCUGAGGACUCUGAUCCCUGCACAAUCAUCUUUUACAGAGGACUGUGCAAGAAUCUUACGUGGCUUGAGGAUUGCGGCUCGUUUGGGUCUCAAGCUUUCGGAGGACACAAAAGACGCAAUUCGUAGCCUUUCAUCUACUAUCAAGUGUUUGCCCCAGGACAGGAUAAUGAUGGAAAUCAAUUAUAUGUUGUCUUAUGGAGCUGCUGAGCCUUCUCUUCAUCUACUGUGGAGAUUCAGGCUGCUUGAAAUUUUGCUUCCGCUUCAAGCAGCAUACCUUGAUCAACUUGAUGGGGUUUCAUCUUAUAGUUCAUCAAUGUUGAUGAAACUGUUCUCCAAUAUGGACAAAUGGGUUUCUUGUGGUGAACCCUCAAAAAGUAUUCUCUGGAUCGGACUGUUGGCAUUUCACCAGGCACUAGUACGUCGCCCUCAAGAUGCUAUAGUUGUUCAGGCUUUUGGCUCCAUUCUGCACUUUGGAUGGAAGGAAGGAGUUGAAUAUGCAAGAAACAAGGCAAACCAUGGCGUACAUUUCGUGCCUGAGAUCUUGGGAUCAUCAUCUAACUAUGAAGUGGCAAAACUAGCGGACAAAGUUAGCAAUUUAGCAGCUUUGGUCAAUAAAUCAGUGACCACCUUAAGUGACAGCAAGAGCCUCACCAAGUCAAUGUCCGCAUACAGUCUCUCCUCGUGUUCCUACUUGGUUUUUGUACCGAAGAAGGCAGUAAACGAUGUUCAACGGAUUUUUGAAGUGCUUGAUUCCAGAAAUAACGAAGAGUCGUCCUGCAGGAAAUCACUGAGCAAGACAAGAUCUCUCUUGGGAAAAAUUAUUCUCGAAACCAUGAGUGGCACGGAUCAUGUCGGAGUAGAGUCUAUUGAGGUAGAAAGGAGGGAACAUGGUAAAGUCGCAGUCAAUAAACAAAGUGAUGGGGUGGCACUCUUUGAUUCGACAGCAGCGGAGGAGCAUUCCAGACCCAAAAAGUUACAUCGAGAUGCAGUGGCGGACUUGUCAAUGACACUGCGAGUUCCCACAGAACAGGGAUUGAGGAAAAGAACGGCCCUUGAGUUAUGGGGAUACCAUGGAAUUGCUGAGAAAUCACGGGCGUCCUGGAGGAAGAAAAGUGUGGUCUUGGGGAAGGAAGCCCAGAAGGAAAGGACAGCAAAGAUUCAGAAAUCCAUUUUUGGAAACAAAGGAAAUGGUCCUGUUGACAGGAUUGAGGUGGUUGGCAAGGCAAAAGAGCCAAAUGAUUGAAAAUCAACCGAAGAGGCAAAAUAAUGCUUCCUUCGCUGUCUGAUCUGCUCGACUGAUUGUGUUUUCGGGCUUACUGCUGACUGUCGAGUUCCUCUGGUAAAAACUUAUGAAGUAUAGCUACUACAGACUCGUAGGAAAACCAGACAGGGAAGCGGGAAUCAUAGGUAGCACGGGCAGGGUGCUGAGGUGAUAUACCCGGUCUGACGCAAUUGGCUUUUCAGUAAACCAUGUGUAAUCUGAAGCUUAAGCCCGAAUGUGAAGGCAUUCACUGCCCCACUUCCCCGAGUAAUCUCUUCGGAUUUUGAUUGACUAUAUGUACUUAUGUAUUACUCCCUGUUUCUGCUUGUGUACACAAAUUUCUCAAGGAUAGAUAUCUUGGUGGUGCUUUUAACAUCGAUGGUUCGGUAGCUGUGAUAUUUGUAUGAAA